AUGAAUCUUGCGGUGGUGCUCGCAUGGCCAUUUCAUGUAGCCAAAUUGAGUCUGCCCAUUCUUUGCUUACACGGUCACUGCAUUCCUGCAUGCCAGGCUGUGCGGUUAACGCCUGCUGCCGGAAGCACAGACAGCUUUGUCUCUGUACCUACGAGGCGGACAAACCAAGCGCUUUUAGAGGAAUAUAAAUCCUCUCGCAGGGGCACAUGCGCAGGGAAAAGCCCAACUAGCCCGGCCUUUGGCCCGCACAUCAUUGCUUCCUUCACCCUUGCCAAACAGGGCUUCGACUGCUGCACCGCAAAUCAACUACAACCACUCAAGGCCGCGACAAUGGAAAGCCUUCCCUUCGACAUCUACUACAUCAUCUUCAAGCAGGCCGAGGAGUUUGACGGACCACUCAGAGAUGACCCCGCUCUGACCGAAGAAUCCGUGAAGACGAUCCUCAUGAUGCGCCUUGUCAACCGCACUUUCCACCGGGCUGGCAUCGUGUCCUUCGUCCGCGUAAUCAGCAAUCGGUCGUUCGCCCUCACACCUACGGACAUGGGCAUCCUUGAGAAAAUCGCCACGAAUGAACUGUGGGUUACCAAAAUCCGCUCGCUGCGCUUCUCUGGCACGUUCUUCAGCAGGUCCAACGAGACACUAGUCGCCAGGACAAUCCUGGGAAGUACAGAUCUCUAUGAAAGGAAAAAGGGUAGCAACCAAGCUAUCCUCGACUUCCAGGCCCUCUGCGAGCGAAACAAAGCCUACCGCAAUGACAACGGUGAUGCCCGCGACCUGGCACGCAUUCUUCCUCUAUUCACGUCACUCGAGAACAUUCACGUACUCCCCAUGGUCUUCUUCGACUUACUUGGAAGUGGAUCAUUUCGUCGACGCUAUGCACGUCGACUUGCCGUUGUGGCGCAGCGGAAUACGGGGCAGCUCACCCAGGCCAUCAGUGACAACCAACACGAUAUCAAGAAGUUCCUCACCUCCGCCAUGUCUCUCAUGCACCGCGGACCGAAGAUGCUCGUCCUCAGAUACGAUCUCAUAGAACCUUACUUCCCAUCUCACUCUCAAUUCCCACCUUACAGCGUUCCACAAUCCACAACGGUGACGACUCUGGUGAUUGAGGAGGUCUGUCCUCUCUGGGAAUACCCUCUCCCUCUCGACAAGAGGCUUCAGUAUAUCGAGGAGGCGCUUCCAGCCCUGCAAACAUUCCGUAGGCUGUACCCUGGAAAGAUGAGAACGGACGGUUACAAGAUGGAGAUCAUCUACAACAAGUCCGCGGCGGGCAAACUGGUCGCCGAGAUCAGCACGAUGUACCAGAAGGAGCAGUGGGAAGAGGCGGUAUUCCCAACACUCGGCAUCGAGUGCAAGCCCUUCUACCUCGAAGACACGAUCAAGGAGCUGCGCAUGAACGUGCCCUUCGACAGCAUCAAGAGCGUCGAGGACUUCACCACCAACCUCAUCGACCAUCCGUGGUUCAUCUUCAACCCUCACAACCUGCAGAGGUUGUAUAUUGAAGAAUCUUCCGAGCCGUGCAUUCCCCAGCGGUUCUUUGAUACUUUUCGGCGGAAAAUGGCGUUUACGCCGGACGAACACCCGGCUGAGCGCAUAUAUAUCAGGUGUGCGGCUGGAGAUUACGAACUUUGGACCGGUCGUGUUGGUGGGCAUGGCCUCCCUACUUGGAUCCCGGAUCGUAUCGACUUGUGGCAGCUUCUGGGAAGAUUGAGCGGUUGUCUAGAUCUACAAUUGAGGAGCUUGGGCGUUGACCUCUACUUGAGAGCCAGAGCUCGAGUGGAUAUUGUCACAGCGGGGAUGGCAUUUGGCGAAUGUCUGGUUAAUCCAACUGCUUUGCAAGAAGCUUUGUUUACCACUCCCGGCUCAAAUUGA